AUGACCUUCGGCAUAUCCUGCGCUCCAUGCAUUGCUCAUUACGUGCGAGAUAAGAACGCGAAGGAGUAUAAACUGAAGAGUCCCCGAGCCUUUGAGGCUAUUACUGAAGCACACUAUGUCGACGACUACAUAGACAGUCUGGCCGACGAAACAGAAGCAAUCAAGGUUUCUUUAGAGGUUCGGGACAUACACGCCGCAGGAGGCUUCAAUAUAAGGAAUUGGGCAUCUAACUCCCCCGAAGUUCUGAAGCAUUUGCUGGGCGACUCGAUUACCCUACAACCGGCAAAGGAGCUCGGAGAUGCAGAGAAAGUCCUUGACUUCACCGAACUACACACCUUUGUAGAUGCCAGCGAGUUUGGAUAUGCAGCCGUCUGCUAUUUUCGAAUAGGAAAAGGAGAUGACAUCACUAUAUCAUUGGUCGCAGCAAAAAGCAAAGUGGCACGUCUUAAGCCGCUUUCCAUACCCCGAAUGAAACUACUUGCCGCUUUGACUGGCGCGCGCUUAUCUCAGAAAGUCCGUAACACACGUAACAUAAAGACCGAUGAACACAUAUAUUGGACGGACUCAAGGACUGUUAUUUCAUGGCUGACAAUGGAUCCGCGAAAUUUUUACGCCUUUGUCAUGCACCGUGUUGGAGAAAUCAUGGAGACUACGAAUGCCAGUCAAUGGCAUUGGGUUCCAACGAAGCUAAAUGUAGCAGAUAUGGCCACGAAAUUCACAUCCAAGCCCAAUCCUGAAGAAUGGGUAAAUGGGCCACACUUUCUCCGACAGUCAAGGAACCAAUGGCCCAAACAACCCGAUGUAUGCACCUUUCAAAAUGUUAAAUGUGACGAGAUCCGAAGAACCGUUAUGGUAAUGAGAAGGACCAGCGUAAAAGCCAUACCGUUAAACGUUGAGUGUUUUUCGGAUUGGAAGCGCUUGAAAGCGCAGCAGGAUGGCUUCAAAACAGAACUGGACACCCUUCAAUCAAGUCAAAACAUAACAAAACCAAGCGCGUUAAUCGGCUUCAACGUAUACGUUGAUGAUGCAGGAAUAAUGCGUACUCAAGGGCGGGCGGAUUCUAUAAAUCAAAACAGGGAUCAGAUCGUACUGCCAAAGCAUAAUCACAUCACACAUCUUGUAGUAAAGGACUUUCACGAGAAAAACCAUCAUAUGCUUCACGAGGGCACCAUUAAUCUGAUACGAAAUAUGUACUUUAUCCCUCAGUUGCGAAUCGUAUACAAAUCGGUUCGAAAAUCGUGUCAAAUAUGCAAGAAUAAUUCUGCAAUCCCGGAACCACCACAGAUGGCGUCACUCCCUUCAGCCAGAAUCGCUAGUUUCGAAAGGCCAUUUACAUACACUGGAGUGGAUUUUUUUGGGCCUAUACUGGUAACUGUAGGCCGACAUAAGGAGAAGCGCUGGGGCGUUAUUUUUACAUGUCUCACUCUACGUGCCGUCCAUAUCGAAAUAGCCUAUAGCCUUGACACUAGCUCAUGUGUAAUGUGCCUAACUAACUUUAUGUCCCGCCGCGGGACACCAAAGGAAAUAUUUUCGGACAAUGGCACAAAUUUCAGAGCGACAGAGAAGAUCGUCAAGGAGGAGCUAAAGAACAUUGACUUCGGGAAACUUGUCAUAAAAUAUGACCAGAUCAAAUGGCGCUUCAAUCCACCAGCCGCUCCGCACAUGGGCGGAGCCUGGGAGCGCCUAAUUCGUUCCAUUAAACUGGUUAUAAAGUCAAUUUCUCCGAACUCCAACUACAACGACGAAAGCCUAAGGAAUGCUUUAUUAAGUGCAGAAUACGUAAUUAACUCCCGCCCCCUGACCUUUGUAUCAUUAGAGGCAGAAGACGAUGACGCAUUGACGACUAACCAUUUACUAUUGGGAUCGGCAGAUGGCUACAAACCAACAGUCACAACUGAGUUGAACCCAAGACAACGCUGGUGCCAGGCACAAGAAUUAGCUGAUCUAUUCUGGAAAAGAUGCAACAAACAGGGUUAUAAGUCGAAAAAUUGCCCUGGAUUAGCUGCUGGUGUCCAAGUUGUGCGCAGUGCGAAUCGCAUAAAGAAGGUCACCCUUAACGGCGUCGAAGUGAAAUGCCUGGUAGAUUCCGGAGCCGAUGUAUCCGUAUUGAGAAAGUUCAUCUUCAACAAAAUUCCUAAUGUUAUCUUGGAGAAAAGUGAAUCGAAGCUGCGUGGUCUGGGAAAGAAGAUCACAUGCUCAGUUGGACGUUUUUUUGCUGAUGUCGCGUACGCAAAGGAUUUGGUAGCAGAGGUUCCAGUUAAGCUGCGAAUCGAUCCAGACGGCGAGAUCAUCCCAUUUCGUCAGUCCCCGAGUCGAUUCGCCAUUGCCGAAGAAAAGGAUGUCGAGAAACAGAUCGACGAAUGGGUGAUAACAAAUUGCGUCGCGUUCAAGAAAACCCUACAGUGGAUCAUUUAUAUGCAGGACUUUGAGUUUACAGUUGAACACCAUCCAGGCGAACGACUUAAGCACAUUGACUGUCAUAGUCGUUAUCCCAAUCGUGUUAUGCUGGAGUCUUUAGAAAUCACAGCUCGACUUAAAAAUGUUCAAGGUAAAGACGAAAUGCUGAAGGCAAUAAUGGAAAUUCUCGCCACCCGUCCUUAUGAGGGAUACAAGAUGAAAGGUGGACUUGUCUAUAAGGAUAUAAACGGCAAUGACCUAUUUGUAGUCCCAUAA